AUGUGUACUGCUUUUCCUACGACCGCGUCGGUUUGGCAAGUCGCUAACUCUCAGCAUGCUAGCCCACUUUCAUGGUGUGGAGCACAAGGAAAAUUAUCAAGAACUCUUCAGAACCUCCUCGUUGAAAAGGAUGUCCAGGCAGAAAGAGUCACUACCAACCAAUAUCUUAUUUUGCAUUUUAAUUUUGCUGGACUCAAUCACUCCUCUGAUCCGAAGAUUGCGGAAUCUGCACUUAACAUGAUCAAUAAUGCUAUCAGACAAUUCUACAGCACUUAUGCCUCUCAUUUGGGAGGCGAAACAAGCAAGGAUCUUGAAAACUGCGUUCGAAUAGUUCAAGAGAAACUUCAAACCGUGAAUUAUGAGGAAAACAGCAACCACCCGCUUGCUUAUGUGAAAGGGAUCUAUCUCUUGGCCGAUGAGUACGAUUCCUUUAGUAACGAAUAUCUGGAUCCCGAUGAUUAUGCUUGGAAUACUCUUUGCCGGAAUCCGCUGUCGUUGCUUAAAGGUUUUUGGGCUCGCGUGAAGGAAGAAUCGGCAACAAACAGAUUGAAAAAUGUUUUAUCACGGCCGUCAAGAUGUGUUCGCUGCUCUGCAGCUGCCUGA